GGAGAAAGAUUUUGGCCGGUGCGGCUUGCAUGCGACCCUGCGGACGUGGAUGCGCGAAGUCUGGGAGGGAAGCCUCAGGAUAUUCCACAUGGGAGGGCGUCGGGUGCGGUAUGACCGCAUGUCACGUGGGAUCACCCGGCCCCCGAUCCCUGAAACGAUUUCUCUCCCAUCCACAUCGUUACCGAUGGCCCUAACUCUCCAGUCAACCCGCAAGUUGAACGACGGAAACGAGAUACCCAUCUUGGGUUUCGGUGCGUUUUGUGAGGACAGGAACAUACGAGCUGGAUGGCAGGGAAGCAUACGAUGCCGUUACUUGGGCUCUCGAGGCGAGCCUGCGCUCCCUUCCCCCGGGGCUUGUUUCUUACCACGACAGGUUCUAAUCUCCCAGGCUGGGUAUCGUCACAUCGACUCCGCAACCUGGUAUGAAAAUGAACGUGAGGUCGGUCAGGCCAUCCGCGAUUUCUGCGAAUCGACCGGCACACCACGCUCGGCGAUCUUCUAUACCACGAAACUGAAGCUCAACGACGGGUACGAGCCGACCCUGAAAGCCAUACAAUUUUCACUCGACGAAUGCGGCCUCGAGUACAUCGAUUUAUACCUGAUCCAUGGGCCCCUCGGCGGCCCUGCAGCGCGCAAGGAAUGCUGGAGGGCCAUCUGUGAUGCGCAAAAAGAAGGCAGGGUCAAGAGCAUCGGCAUCAGCACCUUUGGCGUCCGCCACAUCAAAGAAAUUCUGGAGAUGGGUCUCGCGGUACCGGCAGUCAAUCAGGUGCGCCCUGUCGGCCGCUUUUUUCAAGCAUCGACUGAUCAGUCAUACGAGAUCGACCUGCAUCCCUUUAUGAUACGCACUGAGAUCGUCAACCUCUGUCAUGAGCACGGAAUAUCGUUGGAGGCUUGGGCCCCUCUGGUGCGCGGUCUACGAUUCAAGCACCCUUCUAUUGUCUCGCUGGCCAAGAAACAUCACAAAGAACCAGCGCAGAUCCUUCUCCGCUACUGCCUACAAAAGGGCUAUAUCGCUAUCCCCAAGUCAUCGUCUCGCGCACGAAUCGCUUCAAAUACGAAUAUUUUCGAUUUUGCGUUGGAUGAGAAAGAGGUGGCUGAUCUAGAUGCUCUCGAUGAAGGACUUGUGACGGACUGGGAUCCCACCGAGUGUCCUUGAAUAUCUUUGCCUUUCAAUUGCGAACCGCGCACCGAAUGGAAUAAUAUACUUCCGGCGAUAUCUGAUCGCGGAAAAUAGUUCUCAAGCGCGGUCUUCAUCGCCACAGAGAUCGACACCCAUAUAAGCUCUCCCGGAGCCAACUUGCUCCCGGAGUGGUUAUCUGAUCAUGAUCCAAUGUCACGCGCCUACUUAUUGGGCCCAUUUCCAUGUUUCACCGUGCUCACGGUUGCGGAGAGUUUGCCUUGGGAUGUCUAACAAACUUGACGUUGCGCCUAACGAGCUUCUUAUGGUGGUGGCUGUGAAUCUUUGACUUGCCCGUUGUCCUGCUACCCAGGCACAUCGUUGACAAUGCGUUUGCCGCCCACUUACGGCCGACGAGCCCAUUCGGGUAUGUUGUCAUCCCCCGUAUUCUCCCCUGAGCACGACGUCCUGCGAUUGCCAGAGCCUCGCGUUGUCGUCGAGGCUGAGUUUCAUGAAGAGUCUCUGUCACGGCACUGGUACCGGUCUCAUAUCGAUGUUGCCAAUGCAUUUUGUGGCCGGACCGACUGCGUGAUGGACGUAUGACGACAU